AAUUAUUAGUAUAAUUAACUUGAUUCCCCUAACCAAUCAUACUAGCUAGCUAAUAAGCCAGGGCAUUACAUUUUGUCAUUACAAGUCAACUAAAUGAACCAAGUUGAUCACAAUUUGGUUAAAGCUUUUGGUGCCCUUAGUCAACCAAGCCAGGCACUCAACUGUAUCUGUCUACUAUAAUUUACACUGCAAGAAACAGAAAGAGAUGUAAGCCUAAGCCGAACAAAGAUGAAAAUGGGAAGAAUACAGACGGAAUACGAUUCCCGGGUCCCAUAUCCUUCUCCUCAGCCUCAGCCCCAGGCUCAAGCGCCUGCCUAUUAUUCUUACUCGCCACAGCCACAGCCACAGCAAGGCAUCAUUUAUCCGUAGCUUCAAGAUAAUGUUAAUGUUGUACAGGUUCCACCACACCAAAUAAGCAGUCCAACGACGAUGCUGCCACAAAAUCAAGGCGUCACUAGUACUAUUCCCUCUAAUGGCUCAUUUCAAAGCAAUGUAGCCACUGGAAUGGCCGUGCAGAGUCUGCCAAUGCCUUCCACACCAAUCAAAGUCGUUAAUCCCACUGGCACUUGGACCACCGACCUCUUUGAUUGCAUGGAAGAUCCAACCAACGCUCUCAUCACAGCAUUAUUCCCUAGUGUGACUUUUGGGCAGAUAGCAGAUGUCCUGGACAACGGGCACACAACUUGUGCCACUAGUGGAAUUAUUUAUGCCUUUGCGCCUUGUUUGGUGUCUGGUCCAUAUCGUAAAAAGCUGAGACAGCGCUUUGGGUUGGUGGAGGCCCCGGCCUCAGAUCGGAUCAUUCACUUCAUGUUUGAGCCAUGUGCUCUCCGUCAAGAAUAUCGAGAACUCAACAACCGCAGAAUCAAUCCAGCUCUCGGUGAUUAAAUUGUAA